AUGCUCACCUCGGUGAGGCACUUCAAAACUUCUUCCAUCGCCACCUGCGGAAACCAGAUAAGACACUGUGGCGGGGUGAAGAAGGACACAACGAGGAGGUACAGGCCCAGUGCACCCAGGACACGAUCUUCCCAGAUGUCCUUCACUCCGACGGGACACAAUGGACCCUGGGUGCAUCCACAGCGGAGGACGCGAGCCGGGCCCCGGGCGACGACUUCUCCCACUCCUGCCUUCGAGAUCUCCAUCCGGAACCGCUUCGCUCCCCUCCACGAGACAGGAUGCGACGCUGUGAUCAUCGGAGACUCCAUCGUCCGACACGUCCGUGCUACGUUAGCCGAAGGUAAAGUGCACACUCAUUGUUUCCCUGGUGCUCAUGUUCUCGAUGUUUCUGCGCAGAUACCCACGAUCCUGAAGGCCGACGAGAGCCCCAGAGCGGUCGUGCUUCACGCCAGGGUUAACAACACCAUGCUGCGGCAGACGGAGACGCUGAAGAGGGACUUCAGCAGCCUGAUCGAGAUGGUUCGCAGCACGACGCCCGCGACGACAAUCAUUGUGUCAGGACCACUGCCCACGUAUCGACGAGGACAUGAAAGGUUCAGUAGACUUUUUGCUUUAAAUGAAUGGUUGUUGUCAUCAUGUAAAGAACAGAAACUGCUAUUUGUUAAUAACUGGAAUCUUUUCUGGGAGCGUCCUAGGCUGUUUCGCGCUGAUGGCUUACACCCCAGCAGAGUCGGAGCGGAGCUGCUUUCUGACAACAUCUCCAGGACACUUCGCUCCAUGUCACCGUAACCACCAGAUCCAGUCUUUAUCCAGAUCAGGGGAUCACUGCAGUCACCCGGAUCCAGUACGUAUCCAGACCAGAUGAUGGAUCAGCACCUAGAAAGGACCUCUACAUCCCUGAAAGAAAGCGGAGACCAGGACAACUAGAGCCCCAGAUACAGAUCCCCUGUCUCAGAUGACCACCAGGACAAGUACACAGGAAACAGAUG